AUGUCUUCUAAAACGAUCGUUCUGAGCUGCCUGGUGGCGGUCGCCCUCUGCUCGAACGACCUGGAAACGGCUGAAACUGCCUGGGGAGGCGGCGGUGGUGGUGGUGGCUGGAGCAGCGGUGGCGGCGGUGGCUAUGGAGGUGGUGGCGGUAAGAAGGUGAUCAUCAUCUCGUCAGGUGGUGGUGGACACGGAGGCGGUGGCUGGAGCAGCGGCGGUGGACGCAGCCUCGGUGGAGGUGGAUGGUCCAGCGGUGGUGGACUUGGCAAGGGCUGGUCCAGCGGCGGUGGCUCGUAUGGAGGCGGAGGCGGUGGCGGUUGGCCAAGCAGCAGCAAGGGAUGGUCCAGCGGUGGUUCCUCGUUCGGUGGUGGUUAUGGAGGUGGUAGCGGCUGGUCCGUUGGAGGAGGCAGCGGUCUCGGUGGUGGACACUCGGGUGGAUGGAGCUCGGGCGGUGGCCGCAGCAUCGGUGGAUGGCCGUCGGGUGGUGUGAGCAAGGGAUGGUCGUCGGGAGGCGGCGGUGGAUACGGAGGUAGCCAGGGAUGGUCGUCGGGUGGAAGCGGCGGAUACGGCGGAAGUCACGGUUGGUCCUCGGGUGGUAGCGGACUGGGCGGUGGAUAUGGAGGCGGUGGCUGGAGCUCGGGCCGUAGUCUGGGAGGAUCGGGCGGAUGGUCGUCGGGUGGCGGUCUGAGCAAGGGUUGGCCAUCGAGCGGUGGCAGCAAGGGCUGGUCCUCGGGCGGUGGAGGCUAUGGCGGUGGCUACGGAGGUGGAAGCGGCUGGUCUACUGGAGGUAGCGGUUGGAGCGGUUCCAGCGGCUGGUAA